AUGUCUUACAACAAGCCUGUCCGUACACCCUCGUAUCCCCAAUCCCAACGCAUACCCAACAAUCCCUUCCUCCCACCCUUGGAAAGCAUCAUCAUCACUAACACUCCCCUCCAGACCAGCCCACCCCCUUCCUACCCAGCCCCAGUCCACGACAACGGCGGCUACAGCUCCCCACCACCCCAAGGCGCCGGUGCCUCUCAGGAUUACUACGGGGGUGGCGGCCAGCAAGGUGGCCAGGGCUACUAUCCCCCGCAACAGGGCUACGGACCCCCUCAACAACAGGGUUACUACCAGCAGCAACCCCAGGGCCAGAUGUACUACCCGCCGCAGCAGGGAUACCCGCCUCAGCAGGGAUACCCGCCUCAGCAGCAGGGCUACCCGCCUCAGCAGCAGGGGUACUAUGCUGGUGACCGCGGCCAUGGCGGUGGCUCCAAUGCUGGCGGUAUCUGCGCUGGUAUUAUGGCGGCGCUUGCGUGCUGCUGCUGCUUGGAUAUUCUCUUCUAA